GAACACCGACCAGUUGGCCGGGCAGGCCGGCUCUCGCUUAGACCAGCCAAGCCCGAAUCCGAGAGAGUCUCGGUCCGCCGCUUACCGCGCACGGAUCAAGUUCGUUGUCCGACCGGUCUCCGCCGCCGCCGAGUUCGAGUUUUCGGAAAAGUUCGCGGCUUAAUUGCGGCCGGCCGCGCGACUGCGCGCCGAUAAUCCCCGCGGGCACGCGUAUAAAAGGCAGUAGGUAACCGAACCGUUAUCUCGCGGACGCGGACGCGUACAAGUACGCGCGACGCGGUGCGCGCUCGAGAAACGGUCUCCGAUUAUCUCGGAUCGCUCGAUGGAAACCGCCUCGGAAUCCGGCCGCGCGACCGUUUCGAAACAUUUCGGUGCCGCGAGCCCCGCGAACGGACCGCGUUCGUUCGCCUCCGAAUGAACGGAACCGCGUCGAAUCGACCGUCCGCGGUACAACCUGCGAGCGCACGGCGUCCCGGUUUUGCAUGGGUGUACGCGUAAGUGAACCAGAACGCGUUCGAUCCGAUUCGAUCCGAUCCGAACCGAUCCGAUUCGUUCCGAUCCGUUCCGAUUAUCUCGACCGGUCCAGCAGCGAUCGUCGUCCUCCGCGACGCGCUUAACGGUACAUCUCUCGCCUCUGGAUUCCGCCUCGACUCCGAUGCCACCGUCUCGGCCGAUGCCGCCGAAACACCGAUAAACCGGACGAGGAUCCGCCGAGACGCGAUCGUCGGCCUCCGAAAGACCGCGUCGCAGCUUGAAGACUCCGGCGAAAGUGCUCGCUGCGAGGCUGCGGAAUGUUUCAAGAGCCGUUCUUCCUGCACCCGCCGGGCUCCAGGCCUCGCGAUGGCAUCUACAUAAACCCGAUGAGCGCGUACAUCGGCGAGCCCGCGAAGCCGAAGGACACCUCCGAGUCGUUUUACCUCCACAGCCCGCACGAUCUCGUCUACACGAGGAUCACGCGGCUAUUCUCCGACACGGAGAAGCAUCGACACUUCGAGAAGAAGGACGAAACUUUGACUGUGAAAGUGGACGUGCACAUCAACAACGGCGAUCGACCGACCAGCGGAAAUUGUUACGCGGCCAAGUCCGAGACCGUUCGGGAGCCCGUCGAGCACGCGUACGAGCAGAUCGGCACGCGGCAAGAAUCGGAGCCCGUCGGGUCAGCCGCGGCGGCUAGAAAGAGGCUGCCGGAGAUCGCGUCGGACGACAGCCUGAACAAUUUCAGCCGUUCCCGUAAAACCGAUCGCAGAUACAGCCGGUCGAGCAGCGCGAGCGAGUCGUCGAACCUCAGCAGCGAGGUGCCCUGCUUCUCGUCGAGCACCUCGACGCCCUCGCUGUCGCGGAACAGCAGCAACGAGCGCAUCGGCGGCAAGACCGGCAAGAACAAUCCCGAGGCAUCGCAAGAGAAAAAAGACCAGGCCGGCUCGCAAGUAGAAAGCGAAAAGGAAGUUAAACCGGCUGGCACCGGAGCUAGUAUCGCGAAACCGCCGCCUCCGCCGCCGCCGCCCCCGCCCCCGGACAGAGAGGACGUCGUGGUGCUGGUGGUCAACACGAAGCAGCAGGAGGCGAUCGGCCGCGACGGGAAGAAGGACGCGGCUUCCGGGGAGCCGAGCCGUGAUGCGAAGAGCCCGGAGCAGGGCGUAGCAGCGACCAACAAGUCCGACGUAUCCUGCGGCGAGCAUCAACAGCCGGAAGUACCGCCGGCCAGUCCUCCGGCGGACACCGAGGAAAUUAAGGCGAGCCAGGCGUCCCAUCUGGUCAACAGGCACAUGGUGCUGCCGUUCAUACCGCCGAAGUUCGCGAACGCGGACUCGAACACGUUGCUCAAGCCGUCCGAGUACCUGAAAAGCAUUUGCAAGACGUCAGCGAAGAACUGCCUGUCGAAAGCGAGGUCGGUGGACAACCUGGACAUACAAGGCCGGGGCACGGACCGGAGGGAAAUCGCCGCGAUCCGAGACCGGAAGGAGCUCAGCCAGGAGGAGGAGGAGGAGGAGGACGAGGACGAGGAGGGGGAGGAGACCGAGGCCGAGGGAAGACGAGCGGAGCCGGACCAGGAGAAGCAACAGUGUUCGGGACCACCGCCGCCCCCCCUGUCGCCGCUGCAAAAGCUGCGACGGAACGGCGAAGAGGCCGGUGCCGGAGCCGGGACCGGAAGCGGCGCCAACAUGGGCACCAGCGCCACCACCGAGGCCGAGCAGCCGAUGUCGAAGGCCGCGCAACCGCUCGCCACCAUCAGCAUCCAGGACCUCACGAGCAUCCAACUGCGGAGGACCACCGCGAAGAUGAACGCCACCAAAACGUUCUCCGCGCCGCCUCCGCGCAGCGUUUCCAUGACGAACGUUUCAGAAACCUUCUUCGUUCAAAAGACGGACCUGAUAGCGGAACUGAAGAAGACCAAGGACAUUCCCGGCAUCAAGAAAUUGAAGGUGGAGAUGGCGCAGGUGGAGAAAACGCAGGAGCAGAAUCUCAUGUCGGAGAUCAGCAAAGCGUUCAGCGCCUCCAACUUCGUCGACCAGAUUCCAGAGAAGGACAGUUCCGGUAACCUGAUACCGAUAUGGAAACGCCAGAUGCUGGCCCGAAAGGCCGCGGAACGAGCCAAGAAAGAAUUGGAGGAGCAGAUCGCCCGGGAAAACGAAGAGAGACGGCAGAAGGCGAUUCCUGCGUGGAAGAGGCAGCUGCUCGCCAAGAAGGAUACCGAGGAGAAAAAGCCGCAGCCGACGCCGUCGGUGGCCAAGAUGGACGCGUCCCAGAAACGGGACGCCUCGCCGAGUCGACCCGAAGAUAAAGUUGAACUGGAGGAGAAGAAGAGCGAAGGGAGCCCGCCGUGCAAAGCCGCGCAGGUGGUCGAGCCAGAGGAAGAAGUCGACACGCAGAUCAUAAUCCCGUGGCGAGCGCAGCUCAGGAAAACCAACAGCAAGCUGAGCAUCCUGGACUGAUCCGUCCGCCCGAGAGAACCCGAGAGAACCUCGACGUUUCUCGUGUCAUUUCGAUUUCGGUUGCGAGCGACGCAACAUGUACAUACAGCCGAGUAAAAUUUUUACCCUAAGAUUC